AAAUCAUCGCCGCUAGAUGUCGUUCGCGCCAGAAUAAUCAGCAAUGGAGGAAAUUUCUGCGAGAAAAUGUGAAUAAUCGAAGGUUUUUUAGACGCUCGGUUCAAUAUAAGUCGACGGCAUUAGUGUCCAAGGUUAAGCCAGAGGUUGCAUCAAUUUUAUUAUUAUAUGAGAAAGAUAUCACCAUCUACAAGACAUGCAGAAGUCAUUGUUGGUAUGGAUAUUUUCAAGUCAUUGAGAUCCACAUGCAAAGAAUGUGGUUGCGUGCUGGACAGUAUAUCUAAAGUGAUUAGACAUCGGCGGGAACAUUGGAAGACUCGUCCGUUUAAAUGUAAUGGCCCAAGGUGUAUAAAGGUGUUUUCAAAAUUAUCUGAGCUACAAGCACACAGACGGAGACACUCUGACCAUCGGAUCUACUCCUGUCGCUACUGCCAUGUACAAUAUUUGAGUCUGCGUCACAAAGCACUUCAUCGUUGCCGAUUUGGGCAGCAGCCUCGGUACAGAUGUGGGGAAUGUGGAUCACGAUUUCAUCGACAACUGUCAUUGUCCCAUCAUAUUCAGGCAACUCAUAACCUUGUCAGGAAAAAGUGGUUCAAACAAAACUCUGAUAACUUGAGUAGAGUUGAACAGUGUAAAAAAGAUGACGGAAAAGUGCUGCUUAAAAUAAAAGCUGGGCGAAGCAUGACUAUAUUUAAACCAACAGAAACUUCUAGUCAGGAAAAGAAAAGAAAACAUAAGAAAAUGAAAAAGAAGCACAGAAAAGAGGAGAAAGUCACAGGUGGAAGUUUGGUAUUGUCAAUCAAAAAAGGAACAGUAAAAAUACCUAGCCUUGAACAAAGUGAGGAGAUACACAAGGAAGCUGGAAAAGAAACUGUAAAGGCCAAUCACAAAGCUGAAAGCCAGGGCGGUGGCUUAAAGCUUCGAAUAAAAACAAUUCCUCGACCUGAAAAUGACACUGUUAAUAAAGUACGUUCUGAGAAGUGUGAUAAUUCGAAAGACAAUAUUUCUUGUCUUGAAUCAAUGUCUGGAAAUAAGGCGGACAAGGGUGACGAACAUGUCAGUAUUAUGGAACAAAAAAUCAGAAAUGGUAUUGUAAUAGUUAAAGAUAAAACUGGCAAGUUGUCAGCAGAGCAGCUACAGAAAUCCCCACGUAAGAGAAACAGAGACAAUGUGUUUGACAGCUUGAAAGAUGUCAGUCAUUGGAAAGUUAUGCCCAGCCCUAGACCAGAUGGUGGAAGUGAUAUAAUGAAAUUGAAACUAUCCCCUCAAAAGCCAUUGAAGUUAGUGGAGACAGAUGACAUUCAUAGUGGGAGGUAUUUGGACAGUGCAUUAAAGACAAAAGUAGAUCUCGUCUCAAGCAGUGACAUCCUGGAUUUUUUGCCAACAUCUGACAAGGAAUCUGAUACUGCCUUAAGCAAUGUGAAUGAUUCUGGAAUAGAAGCAGAGGUUUUAAGCAGUUCAUCAUACAAUCGCAGUAAUGGAAAUUCUGUAAGAUCAGUUGCACUCGAUGAAAAUUCACCAACAUACUUCAAUACAGAUGGUGAUUCUCUUUUAUCAGUAGACUCUCCUUACAUGGACAAUUUCCAUAAAUCAGAACACAGUAUUUGCCCAAAGUGUGGAGGUGUAGUCCUAGAAACUAACAAUAACUCUCGAUCACCUGGGAAAUGCAGGUGCAGCACUUCAAAUCCGAAUUCACCGUUUCAAACUCCUGUUUCCCCAAUGAAGCAAUCAGACAUACAUUUUGGUAGGCCUCCAGAUAUUACAGUAUGUGCAGUUACUCAAGAACAGGCUGUUCAAAAGUGUUCAAGUCCUGAAACAUCUCUCCUCAUGUGCAAUGAUAAAAGUGACAGUGAUAAACUAGAUAGUUGUCAAAAUAAUGUCUCAAAAAUUGGCUCUGAAAAUAUCUGUGAAACAACUGAAAAUGUGGCAUUUGCCAGUGAUGGUGAAGACAGUGACAUUAUGAUCAUUGAUAUUGACAGUAGGAGUAGGGUGUCUGCUGGCUAUGUCCCGUCACCUGAUAAAGAGUUCAGGGGUAAGCUUAAGUUGAAAAUCAAAACACCGAGAGAUCCAUCCAAGUCUCCCAUGAAAAGAAAGGAAGAGCCAAUGUACAAAAGUGGGAAAGAGCCAUGUGCAAUCCCAACAAAUACACUAAACCAUAAAAAGGACCUUCUUAAAGAUGAGAAUAUUGGUGCUGGUGAAAAACAAUCCAUGUUGAGUAAACCUGUAUCUGAAGAUGUUCUUACAGAAUCCCAAAACAGCAGUGAUAACUUUCAUUUGGGCAAAGGUACAUCAAACUCUCCUGUCAUUAUCAUAGAAGAUGAUGAAGAUCCAAAAAGUUUUGCUGCGAAACAUGGAUUGAAGAAAGAAGGAAAUAAACUGUGUAGGAAAAAGCCAUUGUUCAAACCUAAAGCUAAAGAAGAUGGAGUUAAAGAUGGUUCUUCCACUCCGGUUUCUGCUUGUAAUCAGGCAAAAAAUUCUCAAGAUAACAAGACAAAGCCUCUGCUUAAAGAAAGAUCCUUGUCUGGUGAUAGUGCAGAAAAGGUUUUGAAAAAGAAACCAUUGUUCAAAAAGCAGAAAUCUUUAGUAGAAAGAAAAUACUCUGAGGAAACAAAUAAAAUUCCACAAAAGGAACAAGCAAAGUCUUUGUGCAAUAAAACGAAUAUCAAAAAAGGCAAUGAAGAAAAUCUGUCUGACAAAGUUGAAGUGGAUGAAAGUCAAACUCCUGUUGAGGUUAGCAAGUUGAAGGACACAAAAAUGAAUCAAAGUAAACUGAAAACAAUUUCUGCUCUAGAUGAUGACAGUCUUUUCAAUCUUAACAGUGAACUUGAAACUGAAGACAAAACAGUAGACUUUGAAGCAAAACCUAAAGAAACUGUAAAGUCUCCAACUACUACCAACUUUGGACAAUUUCAGCAACAAUUUUUGUCAUUUUUAUCAACAAAUAAGCCAAAAGAAAACCAGAAAAUUAAGUCAAAUAAAAAAUCUCUAAAAGAGAAGAAAACUGUUGAAGCUAAAGAAUCACUCACUGACAAAGGAAAGUCUAAGGUACGUGAAACAAAAAUAGUCAAAGUCACAGGUCUGCAAAACCCUAUGUCCAUGAAAAAAUCGAAUAUAGUGGCAGUUAAUGAAAGCGUUGUUUGUAGCAGCGUUAAAAAAGGUACAAUCUGUAAUAAGAGCGCCAUCAUUGAAGUUUCUGCAAAGUCUAAACAUUCAAAAGAUGUUCAUGAGAAGGAAACUGUAAAUGAAAUUGAUGAUGAUAAUGAAGACUUGCUAUUCAAUCAUUUAUCCAAUGGCAGAAAUUAUUCACAAGGUGCUGAAUCAAAUAGAAAACUUAAACAUAUGGACAGUUUUUCUUGGCUUAAAAUCUUUUCAGACGAUAAACCAAGUUGUGAAAUCAGUAAGCCAUCAGAUACAAAUGAAUCUGUUAAAGAUGUUCACGAUGUCAUGGAAGGUUUAAGCGAGGAUCUGGCAGCGAUUAAUCAGAAAAUGGAUGUAAGUGAUGAUGAUGACACAAACUCUUUAGAUAUGGAUGAUGUUUUCAAAGCAGAAAAAUUGUCCACUCUGCAGCCUAAAGUCGUAAUUGUCAGACCAGAGGAUGUUUUAGGGAAUUCACUGCCAUCCCAGCCAAGAAGACGGCAAAAAGCAAAGCGUACUGGAAAAUUUUCAUCCAGGAAAAUCAAGAAAAAGAUAGAACUUGAUUACACUUAUUCUGAUGACAGUUCUGGAAAUGAAACAUUGGAUCAAGAAAGUCAGAGUGAUGUCUCUGACCCUGAAUUUAAUCCGUUUGAUUCCGAUGAUGACUUUGUUACAGGACCAACACCAGCCAAGAGACGAACUUCAUCAAGAGUGUGCUCUAGAUCACAACACAGUUAUGGAACUUCUGAAAGUGAAGCUGAAAGUUUAUCAAGUGACAAAUCAGAUACUGAAUCUCAGACAUCUAGGCAUAAGAGAAGUAAGCAGGGCAGAAAGAGUUCUUGUCCUUGCUGUAUUAGUGAAACAGAAAAAGAUCAUUCCAGAGAGCAGUCAUACAAGCUUCCGAGAAAUUACAAGCAGUUCAUAAGAAAUACAAAGCGAUUAUUAGACAUACAGAAAAAGCUGCAUACACUGUUUAUUACAUUGUUCCCAGACUGUUCUGACAUUAUUAGUAACUGUAAAGUAGGUACAGAUGAAUUUGAUGCUCUCAUGGAUGAUGUGUUAAGUGGUUUAGAGCAACCAAAUAAUGAGUUGGAUCCUGUAUACCAUGAUGUUGCUGAUCAGAAUAACAAAAAAAUAUUGACGAAAGAUUACUCUGAGUGUCAAGUUAACAAUAUUGGACUGUCAUUCACAAGUCCUGACACUGCAACAAGAACAAGUGAGAUUGAUCUCAUACCUGGUGAUGAAAAGACUUCAGGCAAAUUAGAGACAGGGAAAAAUCAUUCUCCAAACCAUCAGGAAACUUCACAGGAGAGUGAUUUUGUUUAUAACACUGGAAUUGAGCCUUACACAAGUGUUACUCAUGCACCUUCAGCAUCAAGUCUCAAAUUUGAAAAUAACACUCUAGCAAGUGACAAUGAAAGCGAAGGAACAAGUCCAAAUAAAAAGUUCUCCCAACUUGUUUCAGUACCAAUGUUUGCCAAGAAAGAUGGUGCUAGUCAAAGUAUUCACCAAACUCACUCAGACACAUCAUCAUCGUUGUCAAUAUUCUCUCCUGUAACAUCAGUUUCAUCCACUUUUAGCUCAGGUUCGAAACAACUUGCAGUGCCUGAAAAUUCUUCCCAAACAAACCCAGCAGCAUUGCAUUGUGGGAUAUCAGUAGAUACUCAUUUGACUGAAACUUGCAUGACUACACCAGCGCCAUCAACAGAUGCAUCAACAACAUCAAGUUCAGUGUCCCCAUUAGAAGCUUGUCAUCCGUUUUCAAACACAGCUGACCCAUUAGGACUAUCAUCAAGUUCAGGAACAAUGUCGUACAAAGGGUCAGGGUAUUUUCCUAUAGCUGAGCCAGUUCCAAUGGUGAAUAUCACAAUAGAUCUCAAUGCUGCUCGUGUAUCAUUGUGUAGUAGUCCUAGACACUGCUUUCAGAAACUUCAAAGUAAGGUUACUAAGUUAGUUCAUUUCUUGAUACCAGACUUGGAGAUUAAAACGACAGUUUGCAAAAACAUUGACAAUCUGGAAUUUUUAAUUGAUCUCAUAACAGAGGCAAAUGCUGAAAGAGAUAUCAAGAUGGAUCAAGAUGAUUUUCCAGAAUGUACGGAAAUUGAACCACCAUGGACUGAAAGUGUGCCAAAGACAUUACUUAUUCCUCAAAGUGAAAGUCUCAUGUUUAUUCCUAUCACAUCAGAUAAUUUGGGAAGCAUUUCAGAUGAUAAGCCAUUGUUUGUGGCCUGUAGUGACAUGUUUGAAGAAAACAUCAAGUCUCACAGGGAAUUUUUAAAAAGGGACUUGUUUGUUAUUGAAGAAGACCACACUGCUCAGUUGUGGAAAAGUUCUGAUGACAAGGUGUGGGACAGUCUAGCUUCUUUGAACAGUAUAGCUAAAAAGGCUCAGUCACCCAGGAAGAGAACUCGAGAUAGUCGACCAAGAAAACGAAGUGCUGAUGAAAAGCGAACACUCUUUGUUCAAGAAAAACUACAAAAUACUCACAAUUCCACUUUUGUCUGCCAUACUCAUGAUUCUGUGAACAAAAUGCUGGACAGUCCGAGAAAAGGACAAAAAAGGAGAUAUUCAGAAAGUUCCAAAGAGCGCUUCAUGUCAGGGCUAGAUCUUGGGGAUAGAGCAUCAAGGAUAAGCGAAACUGAUGGCGUGGUCAGCAGCAAAUGUUCACCUGUAAAGACCGAGGUGAAACUAACUAAUGUGACCAAUCAUUCAGCGCAUGUUGAAAAAACUGCCAGUGACAAUGAGAAGUUCACAGCCGUGUCGCACAAGUCAAAGAAUGAAAACACUGUGUGUGACCAUGGAGAUUCAGUAGCAAUAUCUAAUGACGGGCUGAAGAAACUAGGAGUUGAGAAAAAUAUUUUUGAACUAAUGUUGCCCAUAUAGUAACAUUUCUGUACAUGUGCUGUAGUGCAUUAGUCAUUUUGUAAAUAUAUUUGUACUGUAAAUUUUUAGCAGUGUUUUGGACCACUUAAGUAUUUAAGUUUUCAUUUCUACUUUGUAAUGCGUGUAUAUAAUGUGAAAUGAAUUUGUCUUUUGUUCAUUGGAACAUGAUUUAACAAAUACAGUGCUGUUAUUAAGUGUGAGGUUUUUCUUUUUGCUGCUUGUAAAAUAACUUUCUGAACAAAAAUGUUUUAUUGAUUAUGGUAGAAAAUGAAAGCAUAUUUGUGUAGUUAUUUAAAAAGAGAGCAUAAAGAGAAACACUAAUAACUUGUUAAGAAUUAAACUUCAAUUAUCAUUAUUAUAAAUUAUAAUUAUUAUUAUUAAUGUAAUGCUUGCAAAGAAUAGCUUGUCAGCUAUGUGUAGAUACUUUUUAAAAGCAUAAUUGUGAUUGUGUCGGUGUUGUUAUACUCUACUAGUAUCAUGCUCAUGAAAGCUCUUCAAGAUGUUAACUGGUUUGCCAUGUAAAUAGCUGUGUUGUAUAUUAUUUAUUGUUUUGAUUUGUGAUACAUAAAAGGAAUAUAGUUUUGAG